AUGGCACAGUGGUAUCAGGCUUUAGACAACACAAUAUUAACUGAUGGAGUUUCACAAAGCUUGAUAAUAAAGAAAAAGAUUAAGGGCCUUCGGAUAAUAUGUCGUCGCCUCAGAAAAACCAAGAAGACACCCCAACUUACUGUAAUUGAACAGAAAUUCCUUAUCGAUGUAGUGGAUGAGUUUAAGGGUGUAUUGGAGUCGAAACGAAAUGAUAUUCGGACCAUACAAAGGAAGGAAAAGGCGUGGAGAGAAAUAGAGGCAAAUUUUUGUUCCAUGCCCACUUUCUUUAAACAAGAUCACAAGCAAGAUAGCUUCACUUUGGCUCAACCGACGUCAGUAUUGGACGGCUAA